UGCGUUCGUUGCAAUACGUUAGUUAGUUUCACUACGCCACAAGCAGCGUUACGCAGUUUAUUGCUUUCAAUCGGCGUUGUUGACGAAUAAGUGUUGAUAAGACUGAGGCUUAAUUUUUUGAAGUCAAUCAAAAAAUUAAAUAACAUUCAAAAUGAUACGAUCCAUUUGCAAACUACCUCAUAAACUAGCUGGAAAAAUGGCCGUCGAUAUUCUAUCCAGGAGUAUGGCUGGKCAAGCACCACAAAAAAUGGAAGAUUACUUCAAAGGAAAAAAGUUUAUYGUCACUGGAUCUUGUGCUGGUAUGGGUGAGAAAAUUACAGAGAGGUUAAUAGAUUUGGGUUCAUUUGUUUACGCAGUGGUAGAGAAGGAAGAGGGUGCUGCUAAAGCAUUACCAAAUACCAAACAAAUAUUCUGCGAUGUUUCGAAUUGGGAGGACACUUAUAAAAAAAUGUACGACAUUGGUCCAGUACAUGGUUUAGUCAACAACGCCGGUGUAGCAGUAAUUGAGCCAUUUUUCGAUGUUACCGAACAUGGUUGGAAUAAGUUAGUAAAAUCUUUGUUUAUAAUUUUAUAUCAUAGCAAUAUUUCUUCAACAAUUUCCACAAGAGCCAUACCCGAUCAUACGACUUAUUGUGCAUCUAAAGGAGCUGUUAAUCAAAUUACUAGGACCAUGGCAAUCGAACUAGGAAAAUACGGUAUACGUACGAAUAACGUAAAUCCAACUGUCGUGUUGACCCGUAUGGGUAAAAUYGCGUGGUCAGAUCCAGAGAAAUCGGAACCCAUAAUGAGACGAAUCCCACUCGGCAGAUUUGCAGAAACCGAUGAUAUCGCCAACGCCGUGAUUUUCAUGCUCAGCGACUACUCCACCAUGGUAAAUGGAACAGCUCUAGUAGUCGAUGGCGGGUUCUUGGCGGGAUAGAAACGACUUCACUGUGAAACAAAAUCAU